UAAAUGCAUUACUUAAAAAAUAACCUAUAACGCUAUAACAGUAUUAUACCCGAAGAGAGAUACUUUAUUAUUUUCCGGCUUGGUGUCGUGUCUAGUUUCAGAAACAAUUUGAAAAUUUCUGGGUACAAUUAGUAUUUACAGAUUUGAUUGUAUUAACAGUUAAUUCACACUUAGUGUGCUACAAGAAUAAAAUACUUCAAAUGGCUUCAAAGAAUGUCUCUACAGUAGACACAAGGGCUGAUUUAGCGGAUUUAGUAAAGAGAAAAGCAGAAAUAGCAGAAACUUUGGCUAACUUGGAAAGGCAAAUUUACGCUUUCGAAGGAAGUUAUCUGGAGGAUACUCAGUUGUAUGGGAAUAUUAUUAGAGGCUGGGAUAGAUAUUUAGCCUCAAACAAGAACACUAAUAGCAAGGCCGACAAGAGGAACAGGAAGUUCAAAGAAGCUGAAAGAUUAUUUUCUAAAUCUUCCAUUACGUCUAAUGCUGCUGUAAGUGGAUUAGUAGAAUCUACAGAUAAAGGGGAAGCUAACAGUGAGAGUGAGUCUCAGACAGGGAACAGUGGCAGUGAGGACAAUGUGCUCCAGGCCGUUCCCGCCAAGGACACGGGUAAGAACAACACUGUUGUGACUCCACUGGCCACCAAUGGACCGAUGACUCCUACCUCCCUCAAUGGAAGCAGCUCUGAGCGUGUGUACCUACUCCCAGCAAAGAGGUCAAGAAUCGAAUUCCUGUUGCGAAAAAAAACUCCUACUUCAAAGAAGGCAAGGCAUCGAUAAUUCUACAUUGGAAUCAUCGUAACUGUAAUUUAGUACAUACUGAACUGCUAUAAUUGCAUUCGUCUAUGGGAUUAAUUAUUCCAAGUUCCUUAUGUAUGUAAAUUGUAUACUAUUUAUUUAUACUACUCACCAACUCAAGAACUUAAUAGUAAUAUCUUCAUCAUGGAAUUUGGUACAGUAUCAUAUGACACAAAUACAAAACAGUACAUACGGCUUAAAACAGUAAAUUUGUUAAAUACCAUAAACAUUUCUAAUAAUACAAACUUAAAUAAUAACAUUUACAAAGACUUUAGCAGUAGCAAGAUAAAAUGUUAAUUAUAAAAAUUCUCUGUAAAUGAAAUAAAAAGAUUUGUGUGUGUUUAAAUGUUGUGAGAUGGGAAGCACGUUUUACCUUGUUAUAUGAAAGGCGUUGUAACUUGUCAAUCUUUAAUUCAUGUAUAAAAAUAUCGUAAU